UCUCUCUCUCUCUCUCGUCUUUCUUGUCUCUUAAACCCCAAACCGAAGCACACGUUUGGUUUAUAGGCGGCUACCUCUUCUACAAGCGCCUCUUUAUAUAAAUCUUCUUUUUACUCUCUCUGAGACCCUCUCUGUUUCUCACUACUUCUCCCACCGUUGAUCCAACCAUGUCUGGCGUUGCUCCGCCGCCCGAUCGUAUCCUUCCUACCUACCCUCAUCUGGAAGCUGCAGAUUUACUGCAGAGUUUGUCAUUAGACUCUGAGCCUGAGAGACUCGAAGUUACUGAGCCUGCAAAGAAGUAUGGGCUGGUGGAUUCCAGUGACCCCGUUAAGGGUAUGGCCAAGCCAUUGAACCCAAACGCCAGCAACUUCUCUAAUGGAUACCAGCCUUCUACCUAUUAUUAUGGAGGUUAUGAUAAUCAAGGUAACGAGUGGAACGGUUACUCUAAAUAUGUCAAUCCUGAUGGUGGAAUGGCUCAUAGUGUUUAUGGUGAUAAUAGCUCUUUCAUGUAUCACCAAGGUUAUGGUUACUCACCAUAUGCAACGUAUCCCUCGCCUGGUUCACCUGCUCCUACCAUGGGGCAGGAUGGUCAACUGUAUGGGCCACAACAUUACCAGUACCCUAUUCCUUAUCAUCAAGCCUCUGCCCAAACUACCAGGCCUUAUCCACCGAGUCAAGUUAAUGUGCCUCAGCGAGAAAUUUCAACUUCAGUUGCAGCUGAUCAAGUGCCUCUGUCUGUUGGAGCAGCUGAAGGAAACCCUAAUAUUAUAGCAACUGGUGGGCGUGUGAAUGAAAAGAAUGGCUUGAAGGCACAAAGACCUAGUGUUCAAAACUCAUCUUGGAAUUCAUAUGCUGCUUAUGAAAGGGGAGGCUCACCUGUGGGUUUUCCUUCAUUGCCCACUCAAGAUCCAAGAUUUGGCUUUGAUGAAAUUAGGUUGCCAAAUACCUCACUAAUUGAUGGUCAGUCCAAACGUGGUGCGCGUGCUCGGUCCUCUUCGCCAUUCAUGCAUGCCAACGAUAUCUCAUCUUGGAGGAAUCAAAAUCUUUGUCAUCAUCCACAUUUCAUGAAUUGGCAUGAUGCAAGACCAGCAUCUGGAUUGGGCCUGGCUUCUGGAUUCAUGAACCAAAUGUACCCAAGCAAUGGGAUGUAUGGCCAAUAUGGAAAUACAUUUGGAGGUUUAGGUUUUGGAUCUUUUGGCUAUGAUUCGAGGAUAGGUGGCCGUGGGCAAGCUCUCGAUAAUAAGCAUAAACGGAGGGGUUAUGGCAAUGGUGCUUUCGGAUAUGGCAAUGAGAAUUUGGAUGGUGCAAAUGAGCUGAGUAAGGGACCUAGAGCCAAGGGUUUUGAUAGUAGGAACCAAAACGGGUUUGGACCUAUUACUUUAGCUGUUAAAGGACAGAAGCUGCCAUUGCCUGAGAACAACAAUAAAGAGGACAAUCUGCCUCUAAUUCCAAAUAAGGAAGAGUACAAUAGAGAAGAUUUUCCUGAGGACUAUUCAGAUGCAAAAUUCUUUGUUAUUAAAUCAUAUAGUGAGGAUGAUGUUCAUAAAAGUAUCAAGUAUGGUGUGUGGGCCAGUACCCGUAAUGGCAAUAAGAAGUUGGACACAGCAUACCAGGAAGCUAAGGAGAAGCCUGGUGGCUGUCCUGUAUUUCUGUUAUUCUCUGUCAACAGUAGUGGGCAAUUUGUGGGUUUAGCGGAGAUGAUUGGCCCCGUCAAUUUUGAGAAAACUGUAGAAUAUUGGCAGCAGGACAAGUGGAACGGUUGUUUCCCUGUGAAGUGGCAUAUCAUAAAGGAUGUUCCUAAUAGUUUGUUGAGGCACAUAACACUAGAAAACAAUGAGAAUAAGCCUGUCACUAAUAGCAGGGAUACGCAGGAGGUUAAGUUUGAUCAGGGCAUUCAAAUUCUUAAAAUCUUGAAGGGUCAUUUGAGCAAGAUAUGCAUCCUAGAUGAUUUUGGAUUUUACGAGGCUCGCCAGAGGACAAUACAGGAAAAAAAGGUUAAGCAACACGAGUCCCAAGUACAGGUUGGGAACCCCAGUGAUGCUGUAACAGAUGUAGGGAAAGAGAAGUUGCCAAAUGCUUCAGACACAGCUUGGAUAAAGGCACCGGUGGCUGCAGAAGCAGCAGCACUGGAUAAGGCACAGGGGGAUGUAAAGCUUUCAGAAGAAAAGGGAUCAGCUGCUGCAGCUUCAGAAAAAAAAGUUGUUCCCAAUGGAGCUUGCUAAUCUUUAACGCUCACUUUAGUAGAAUUGUAGUGCAUGUUUUGCUGAUUAUAGCAUACACACACGAAGGCUGACUUCUUGUUACUUAAGUCUGGGUGUGAACAAUAAAAAUUGGUUAAGGGAUGAAUAGCCAUCGAUUUUAUCUUUUUUCUCCUUU